AUGGUGCUCUGGGGUCUGGUGCUGGGAACCCUGCUGGUGGCCACGGUGGGGUGCUUGUACCUGCUGGGGCUGUUCCGGCAACGCAAACCCCAGGAGCCCCCUCUGGAUAAGGGCACCAUACCCUGGUUGGGCCAUGCCAUAGCUUUCCGGAAAAAUAUGCUUGAAUUCCUGAAGCGUAUGCGGGCCAAGCAUGGAGAUGUGUUCACGGUGCUGCUAGGGGGCCAGUACUUCACCUUUGUCAUGGACCCCCUCUCCUUUGGCUCCAUCCUCAAGGAUGCACAGAGAAAACUAGACUUUGUGGAAUAUGCGGAAAAACUGGUGCUAAAGGUAUUUGGAUACCGUUCCAUGCAAGGAGACCACCGGAUGAUACACUCUGCCAGCACCAAAUACCUCAUGGGGGAUGGCUUGGAGGAUCUCAACAAAACCAUGCUGGACAGCCUGUCCUUGGUUAUCCGGGGGCUCAUGGGCCAGAGUCUGGAUGCUAAUUGCUGGCAUGAAGACGGCCUCUUCCACUUCUGCUACAAUGUGUUGUUCAAGGCCGGCUACCUGAGCUUAUUUGGCUAUACAAAGAACCAGGAGCAGGACCUGCUACAGGCAGAAGAGUUAUUUGUCCAGUUCCGCAAGUUUGAUCGCUUGUUCCCCAGGUUUGUUUAUUCCUUGCUGGGGCCCCGGGAGUGGCUAGAAGUGGGCCGGCUCCAGCGUCUCUUUCACAAGACACUCUCUGUGAAGCACAACCUGGAGAAAAAUGGCAUAAGCAAUUGGAUAUCCCACAUGCUUCAGUUUCUGAGGGAGCAGGGAACAGCCCCACCCAUGCAAGACAAGUUCAACUUCAUGAUGCUCUGGGCCUCCCAGGGGAACACAGGGCCUACCUCUUUCUGGGCCCUUUUGUUCCUCCUAAAGCACCCAGAAGCCAUGCGUGCUGUGAGGGAGGAAGCUAUCCAAGUCCUGGGGGAGGACAAGCUGAAGGCGAGGGAAUCCUUUGACUUUGAGAUCAGCGCCCUACACCACACUCCAGUGCUGGACAGUGUGAUGGAAGAGACACUGAGGUUGGGGGCUGCACCCACCCUCCUCAGAGUGGUGCACAGUGACCAUCUCCUGAAGAUGGCCAGUGGACAGGAGUACCUGCUCCGCAGUGGAGACAUCGUGGCCCUCUUCCCUUAUCUUUCAGUGCACAUGGAUCCUGACAUCCACCCGGAACCCGCUGCCUUCAAGUACGAUCGCUUCCUCAACCCCAACGGCAGUCGUAAAGUGGACUUCUACAAGGCAGGCAAGAAGAUUCACCACUAUACCAUGCCGUGGGGUUCGGGCGUCUCCAUCUGCCCUGGGAGGUUCUUGGCCAUCAGUGAGAUGAAGCUCUUUGUCCUGCUCAUGGUCACCUAUUUUGACCUGGAACUAGUGGACCCUGAUACACCUGUGCCACCUGUGGACCCCCAGCGCUGGGGCUUCGGCACCACCCAGCCAACCCACGAGGUGCGCUUCCGCUACCGCCUGCGUCCUACCAAGUGAGCUCUGCCAAGGUGGCCCCAAGCGUGGCAAGGGAGGUUCCCUGGGGGUCUCCACCUCCUCUCACACCUCUGAAGCCCCACCUUUCCCUCCGGUUCUGUGAUAUCUCCUGCCUGUGUCCUGCUU